AUGAAAGUUAUUGAAUCUACAAUCAAUGAAAUUGAUAUUAAACCAAAAAGAAUUAUAUUUAAAUCAAUUGAAGAAUACAUUAAAGUAUCUCUGAAAGAAGCAGAAGAGAUAUAUAUUGUAUCAAUGAAAGAUUAUAUCUUUGAAGAAUUAUUUGAUAAAUGUAAGAAAUUAUGUAUUGAUGAAUGUGAGAAUUGUCAAUUCAUAAUCAACAAGAAUCAAAUCAAAGAAAUGAAAAUAACAAAAUGUAAAAAUACAGAAAUCACAGGGAAGUUAGAUAAUAUUGAAGAAAUCAUCACAAUAGAUAAUGAAGAAUGUAAUAUUCCAGAAACAAAGAAUGUUAUAAAAGAAGAUACAGAAAUAACAGAAAUGGAUAAUAGAAAUAAAGAUAUAGAAAUAGAAACAGAUAAGAAAUAUGUUAUAAUAAGAAAUAUUCAUGAUCGUAAUAUUAAAAUUAGAAGUAAUAUUAAUAGUGAUGUUCAAUAG